AUGCCAGCAAUGGCUCCGCUGGAUAAACAGCCUCCAGUUUGGGAGAGAGAGGCUGUAGGCUCACUGGGAGAUGACGUUGGAGGAGGUGGAGAGGGGUUUGGCACUGGCGAUGGGGAGGGUGUUGGCACUGGCGACGGGGAGGGUGUUGGCACUGGCGAUGGGGAGGGUGUUGGCACUGGCGACGGGGAGGGUGUUGGCACUGGCGACGGGGAGGGUGUUGGCACUGGCGACGGGGAGGGUGUUGGCACUGGCGACGGGGAGGGUGUUGGCACUGGCGACGGGGAGGGUGUUGGCACUGGCGACGGGGAGGGUGUUGGCACUGGCGACGGGGAGGGUGUUGGCACUGGCGAUGGGGAGGGUGUUGGCACUGGCGACGGGGAGGGUUUCGGCACUGACGAUGGAGAGGGUACAGUUAUGGGGUAG